UUAAAACCCCGUCUGCUGUGUCUAUAUAACAGACUCGUUAAAAUGAUUACUACUAGUCAUCUUCCUAUAAACACAGUGAAUACCUCCACCAAUCUGUUCAGCAAUCUAUGUCCUGCCCCCUCCAGCACUUUGUGCGGACCCCGAUUACCCGAGGACUUGGCAGCUCAGCUUCAAUCCUCAGAAGAAAGCCAAAAUACUCAUCAUUGGCGCCCUAUCUCUGAGGCUAUUGGAUCUGUCACGUCUACUGAUAGUCUGCAACAAACAAGCGCAAAUUCAUCGCAAAAACUACGGCUUCAGCAAGAGUCCUCUCCAUCAUUGCCAUUAGUUCUACCUUCGACGGCUUUAGGACCUACUCGAAGAUGUGAUUUUGCUGAAGACUCUAUUGCUGCCGCAAAACUUGGCCUGCCACCCGUUCGCACUUCGUCCACUUGCUACAUCAAGUCGCGCUUAAACUGGCGCCGUCUUGGCAUGCACCUUGGGCUACGUCGGCCCCCAAAUGUUCUACUUCAUAUGCACCAUCAUUCUUACACUCAGCAGAUGGCGCAUCAUUAUCCCCAAUCUUCUGAGAUCCGCCCAAAUAAUCCUUACAAUGACGGUGCGGUCAGUCCUGGCCUCCUGGGCAUGGAACCGUCGAUUUCAGGUAUCAAUGGAUCAAUAACACCUGCAUCUACUGGCUUCUACUACUGUGGUGGCGGCACUUCUGUAACGGACAGCCUACCAAUCUUCUCACAUUUGGUGGCACAGAAAGCUACCCAGGACAAUGGUUCUAUGCCACCUCGAAAAUUGUCAGGAGUUUUAACUAAUUACGAACAGGAGAGACAAAAAGAGCAUCCAAAACCACGCAUUUCGACCAGUCCAAAUCGACCUUGCUCUAUGUAUCAUCUCAGUCGGCAGGCCUCUUCACCAGCGAUUGCUUGCUUCCCACUUCGGCAUUCUCACUCAAAAAAUCCACCCUCUUUGACUUCAUCUAGUGUCCAAGAUUCUGCGGGAACCUUAGAAUCUUCUGCCCACCCAUUUUUUUCAACUGGGCCGACUGAACCUGAAAUUACGAUUGGUCGCCUUCGCCUUCGUAUUUUUCAGGAUGAGCUGCUUCCAGCUACUUUAAGGGCUCCCCACCUGCUUAUUGAACCUUUGCCUUCUAAGCCAAUAGAACCCCAUCUUAGUACCAUCAGUAAGACUUCCAUAUCUUCCACUACUCCAUUGACCCCAAUUAAAAUACAUGAAGCCCUUCUUCUAGCCCCAAAACGCAUGAACGGCUUUUCUCGUAUCCGAAUUGCUCGUCGCUCAGGCUCCUUUAUUCAGCCACCUUCUAGCCAGUUUUCCCACUUUUCUCAACACAGUGACCAUAUUGUUCGUCCAGCAAUUAAUGCUGGUUCUGAGCAGCUGUCUUCUGACGCUAUGCUUAGUUCAAGUUCAGCAUAUAAAAGGAAAACUUGGCGCAACUCCUGCUCGACAGGUGUUGGAAGACGUCGACAUAGCACUGCUGGCAUUUUGCGUUACCCGAAUUCAUCACCACUACAACCAUCAUUACCUAACUCAACUCUUGAAGCGGACGACAAGCCAUCCGAUCUGCCUCCCGUUUCGCCAUCUGAUGUAUCUAGCAUUAUUGCCACAACGACGGAGGAGACUGACGAGGUGCCAGUUAUCAUUGUGGCCUUGGCAGAUGGUGAAAAGGGUGCUGCUAUCGAGGAGAUUGCUACUUUGUCUGCUGACGACGAUGAUGAAGACACCGUCGAUGAGGUCCAGUCUACUGACGAUCCAGCUGGGGCAUCUGCAACUGCUGAAAUAUCUGUGGGCCACGAAGAGGCGAUGGCAAUGGCGAUCAAGGAAGCUGACAUCCAGGCUGCUUUUGAAUGCAUCCGCUACGCUCACGAUAGUCAGCUAGCCAUGGCUGAAACAUACCCUGACUACGACCGUUUUCUUCUCGGCAGUAGUGGCCUGCUUCUUUCGCCACCUGUUCAUGCCAAUAAAUCGGAAUCUGACAACCUAGUUACCACGGUAGGCCAACAGGAUAGCUCUUCGACUGUCGACCAGACUCCAGUUGCCAUCUCCACUAUGAGUCAAACUCGUAAAUUUGUUAAACUAGUCCAUUCCCCUGCUUCUUAUAAGACGUUGGAGCAAGGGAAUUUCCCAAAUGUAGAGUCUUUUGAAUGUCAAGAAGAGUCAUUAAACGAAAAAAGUAUUGACGGGGAGUGCGAUGAUUUGAAUUUUCUUGAUGAGGAAUUGAUUCGUCUUGACAAGCUGCUUUUUCCUGACCGCAUCAUUCUUGAUACGUAUCGUUCCGGCCCUCUGAUCGAUAGGCUGACCAUCCAUGCUCACACCACUUUGCCCCAGUUGAAUCAAGAGAAAAAAUCGAGUGAGCCUGAAGCCACUAGUUCUAGUGAACGAAAUGUUCACAUUCAAAUAGUACAUCUGGCAAGCCGCAUUUUGGCCUACCAACUUCCGCUAUCUACAGACUCUGUACGCGACUCCAUCUCUCACGCUUGCACUACAUCAGCCAAUGCAACCACAGGUGAUAUGAAUACUUUAUCAUCCUUGAACCCAUCAAGGCCAACGUAUGCUCAUUCUUCACUCACCGCCUCGGAUACCAACCUCUUUCGGUUGCAAUGGAUUGCCAAUCAGAUUAUUCAUUUAGCUGCUACUGGCUCAAUCCAUUCUGGGGCGUCUGUUUUUGAUGUGGAGCAGUCUUCCGCCUCAAGGGAUAGCAAUACUGUGAAAGGAGCCUUAUUGGCGCUGACUCAGCUGGAAAACUUAUUCUCCUCACUUUCCAGCUUGUUGGAUGUCGGUGAAACAGCUAUCACGGCUCAUGAACUCGCAGUCUCGGGCCUGGUUCCCGUACUCAAUCUUUGCCUCUGUGCUUCACAAGCUACCAAAUGGAAGCCGAUAGUAAAUUGUGGUUACAUUGUGUUUUUUACUGGCAGGAUUUUUAAGUGGCUUAAUUACUCAUCUCUCAUCUCAUUCUCAAACGACAGAAUAUGGCGAACGGUCUAA